AUGUUUACAGGGUUAGUCAAACUUGGGAUCCACUGUGUAACGUGCCAGAAAGUCGCCAUAAAGAUCGUCAACCGGGAGAAGCUCAGCGAGUCAGUACUAAUGAAGGUGGAGCGGGAAAUAGCAAUUCUGAAGCUCAUAGAACACCCACACGUUUUAAAGCUACAUGACGUCUAUGAAAAUAAAAAGUACUUGUACUUGGUGCUAGAACAUGUAUCAGGUGGGGAGCUUUUCGAUUACUUGGUGAAGAAAGGCAGACUGACGCCCAAAGAAGCUCGGAAGUUCUUCAGACAGAUCAUGUCCGCUCUCGACUUCUGCCACAGUCACUCCAUAUGCCACCGAGACCUGAAACCAGAAAACUUGUUGCUAGAUGAAAAGAACAACAUCAGGAUAGCGGACUUCGGCAUGGCGUCGCUUCAGGUUGGAGACAGUCUCUUGGAAACCAGCUGUGGAUCUCCGCACUACGCCUGUCCAGAAGUCAUCAGGGGAGAGAAGUACGACGGGAGGAAAGCAGACGUGUGGAGCUGCGGGGUCAUUCUGUUUGCUCUCUUGGUGGGAGCGUUGCCGUUUGAUGAUGACAACUUGAGAAAUCUUCUGGAGAAAGUGAAGCUCGGGGUGUUUCACAUGCCACACUUCAUCCCUCCAGACUGCCAGAACCUGCUGAGGGGGAUGAUCGAGGUGGACGCCACAAAGCGACUAACGCUAGAGCAGAUCCAGAAGCACACGUGGUACAUAGGGGGCAAGAACGAGCCAGAGCCGGAGCAGCCCGUGCCCAGAAAAGUGACCAUCCGGAGCCUCCCGUCGUCGGAGGACAUCGACCCGGACGUCCUGGACAGCAUGCACUCUCUGGGCUGCUUCAGGGACAAAAACAAACUGCUCAAAGACCUGCUCUCUGACAAUGACAACCAGGAAAAGAUGAUCUACUUCCUGCUGCUGGACCGAAAAGAGAGGUAUCCCAGUCAGGAAGACCAGAAUCUGCCUCCACGCAAUGAAGUUGAUCCUCCAAAGAAAAGAGUGGACAGUCCCAUGUUGAACCGCCACGGGAAGAGGAGACCGGAGAGGAAGUCUAUGGAGGUUCUGAGCGUGACAGAUGGGGGCUCGCCUGUUCCUGCCAGGAGGGCCAUUGACAUGACUCAGCAUGGACAGAGUAAAUCAGUGUACAGUAAAAGCCUGGAGAUUCCCGAGGCCAAUUCAAAACGCAGCAAAGAAGAAAGGUAUUGA